AGCCGCCGGGGAGAUGGCGGCUUUGGAAGAGGAGGAAGAAGCGGCGGCUACCAGCUGCGCCCGGAGAAUGGAGGGAGCUGCGGGGCGGCUGCUCCGAGGGCUUCUCCUUUGCGCCUUGGUGGCGGGCUCAGGCUGGUGCAACUCGGUUGAGAGGAAAAUUUAUAUCCCGCUGAACAGGACGGCUUCCUGCGUCCGCCUCCUGAAUGCCACCCAUCAGAUCGGCUGCCAGUCCUCCAUGAACGGGGACACUGGAGUCAUCCACGUCGUGGAGCGAAACUCUGAUCUGAAAUGGGUGCUGACGGAUGGACCACAUUCCCCUUACGUGGUGGUGCUAGAUGGGAAUCUAUUCACUGGGGCUCUGCUGCAGAAGCUGAAAGGCAGCUCUCGGAUCUCUGGGCUGGCUGUGGCCAUCGCCAACCCCAGUCCUGCUGGAGGGUUCUCUCCUGGUUUAACAUGCCCCAAUGAUGGCUUCGGCGUCUAUAAUGGCAGUUACGGCCCCGAGUACGCUCACUGCAACAUGACCGUGUGGAACCCGCUCGGCAACGGCCUUUCCUACGAGGACUUUGGGUUCCCCAUCUUCCUCCUUCAAGAUGAGAACGAAACUCAAGUUAUUAAGCAGUGCUACCACGCCUACAACGCCCCUCGCAAUGGCUCUGUGCCCCAGUACCCGUUGUGUGCCAUGCAGCUGUCCUCCCACAUGCACGCCGUGACGAGCACCGUCACGUGCAUGAGGCGCAGCGCCAUCCAGAGCACCUUCAGCCUCAACCCAGAGGUCGUCUGUGAUCCGCUCACUGAUUACAACGUGUGGAGCACGCUGAAGUCCUUCAACGAAUCCGCAAAGCAGCCCUCGGAGAGUUUCGUCAUCGCUUCCAGCCGAAUCGACAGCCACUCCUUCUUCUGGAACGUGGCCCCCGGAGCAGAGAGCGCCGUUGCGUCUUUUGUCGCCCUCUUGGCUGCGGCCGAAGCCAUCCACAAGGUCCCCGGCAUCGAGUCCUUGCCAAGGAACAUCAUGUUUGUCUUCUUCCAGGGGGAGACCUUUGACUACAUUGGCAGCUCCCGCAUGGUGUACGACAUGCAGAACGACAAGUUCCCGGUCCAGCUGGACAGCAUCCACUCCUUCCUGGAGCUGAGUCAGGUGGCGCUACGGAUUAACUCGGAUCUGUGGAUGCACACGGAUCCCGUCUCUCAGAAGAACAAGUCUGUUGAGCAAAGCAUUCAAAACAUGGUGGAGACCUUGAAAAACAGCAGCGCCCACACCAGCGUGAGCCUGAACGAGAUCGCCGCCUCUCAGCCCCUCCCGCCGUCCUCCUUCCAGCGUUUCCUGAGGGCCAAGCAGAUCCCUGGCGUGGUUCUGGCGGACCACAACAGCACUUUCCAGAACAGGUACUACCAGAGCAUCUACGACACGCCGGAGAACAUCCUGCUACAUUACCCCCCAGGACUGAGCCCCGAGGAAGCCUUGAAUUACAGGACGACCACGGCUGAGUCCCUGGCAGACGUGGCCACCGUGGUGGCCCGGACUCUCUACCAGCUUGCAGGGGGAACAGCGAACGCCUCAGCUAUCCAGGCGGACCCGGAGACGGUCACGCGCAUGCUGUACGGCUUCCUGGUCCGUGCGAACAACAGCUGGUUCCAGGGGAUCAUUAAGGCGGAGCUCAAGCGAUACCUGGUCGACGACCCCCCCCAGUACUACGUGGCCGUGUCCAGCCCCGUGAACGCCACCUACUUCGUCCAGCACGUCUUGGCCAACCUCACGGGCACCAGGCUCAACGACAGCGUCACCAAGGAGCAGUGCCUCAGCCUGGGCAAGGCCGCCAAGGGAGAGUCGUACGAUUACGCCUGGGUGCAGGGCUCCCCGUCCCCCAACGCCACGUCCCCCCGCAAGCCGUUCUGCGUCAGGUCCACGGUCCACCUCUCCCAGGCGUCCUCCCCAGCCUUUGAGCUCCAGGACUGGGGCUCCACCGAGUACUCCACGUGGACAGAGAGCCGCUGGAAGGAGCUUCACGCCCGGAUCUUCCUCGUGGCCAGCAAGCAGUUUGAGAUCAUUAUACUGAUCAUGGGCCUUGCUAUUCUGAUUGUUUCCUUUGUCGCCACCUACUUCAUCAACGCCAAAGCAGAUGUGCUUUUCACCACCCCGGGAGACUCUGGGGCUGUGGCGUAUUGAAACCUGGUUGGGGAAAGCCUUGUGCUCAAAACCAGGCAAGGUGGAGAACGUGAAAUUGCUGGUAGAACAACACUGGAGCUCCUUCGCCAGUUAACACGGACUGUGGAACUACGAGGGGUGUCUCCUUCUCUCCCCCCCCCUCAAAUAAACCCUUGUGCUGCAAGAAGGUAUUGGCAAUACAGGGACUGUUUUUUGGUGAAGGAGGGGUGAGUUUAUCCAGGUCUCCCCCACCUUCGUUUUGCAUGGCUGUCCAGAGAAGGUGAGGUCUGAAGCCUGGCCCACCUGGAUACCUGGCACGCACCUCUGUAAGGACAGGAGCCGGUUGCUGGGAAAACCCUCUCCAGGGGUCUGUGCAGAUGGGGACCUUUCUUCAGUCUCUUUGGUCCUCCCUCUUCCAUUAUUGUAAAGUUCCAGAUUAGCAGAGCAGUUGCUCAAAUCCUUUGAUCUGUGUGUAUCAAGAUGAAAAUAAAGAGGGACGCGCCUGGGGUGGGUGGGGAGGAGGCUGGGAUGUUGGGUGUAAAAUAUCCUUUUUUAAAAAUUUGGAAUUUUUGUAUAUAUAAUAUAAAUAGCUUGGUUUAAUUAAAAAAAAACCUACUUACAAAUUAAAUCCAUUGAUCCCA